AUGCAGUUCACCACCUCCAUCCUCGCGGUCCUUGCCGCCCUCCCACUCAUGGCCACCGCCAGCGCGCAACCCAACCUCUCCACCACCACCAUGACCAGCUAUGCUACCCUCACCAAGACCGUCACCUUGACGAAACCCCAGGUGUCCACCGUCACUUCCUUCAACGGCAACAGCACCGUCGUCUUCACCACCACCAACACGCACUUCUCCGUGCCCACGCUGUCGCCCGUCGUCGCCAUCACCACCGGUGCUGAUGCCCCUACCGCCACCGUGAGUGCGGCGCCUACCGAGUCGGCCAACGCCGCUGUCGGUGGCAUGGGUGGUCUGUCGCACGCUGCUGUCGCCAUGGUGGCCGGUGCGGUUGCUGCUGUGAUGCUUUAA